GCCCAAGGAGGAGAAGGAGAACUCAAACCCCGAUUGAUCGAGAAGAGAAGCGAAGGAAGAAGAAGAGAGAUCAUGGUGUCUGCUGUGGUGCGGGCGAUCCUGGUGACGGGGGGCGCGGGGUACAUCGGGAGCCACACGGUGCUGCAGCUGCUCCAGCAAGGGUUCCGCGUCGUCGUCGUCGACAGCCUCGACAACGCCUCCGAGGCGGCGCUCCACCGGGUCCGACAACUCGCCGCCGCCAACGCCAAGAACCUCGACUUCCGCAAGGCUGACCUUCGUGACAAGGGAGCACUGGAGGACAUCUUCUCUGCCCAAAGGUUUGAGGCUGUGAUUCACUUUGCCGGCCUGAAAGCUGUUGGCGAGAGCGUCCAGAAGCCCCUGCUUUACUAUGACAACAACCUCAUUGGCACAAUCACUCUUCUCCAAGUCAUGGCUGCACAUGCUUGCAAGAAGCUAGUGUUCUCAUCAUCAGCCACUGUCUACGGGUGGCCCAAGGAAGUGCCCUGCACUGAAGAAUUCCCACUUUCAGCAAUGAACCCCUAUGGGCGAACAAAGCUUGUUAUUGAGGACAUCUGCCGCGACCUCCAGCAAUCAGACCCUGAUUGGAAGAUUAUACUACUUAGGUACUUCAACCCAGUUGGCGCUCAUCCAAGUGGAUACAUCGGUGAAGACCCACUUGGAAUCCCAAACAACCUGAUGCCGUUUGUCCAGCAAGUAGCGGUUGGGAGGCGGCCCGCGCUUACAGUUUAUGGGACCGACUACAAUACAAAAGACGGAACAGGGGUACGUGACUAUAUCCAUGUCGUCGAUCUGGCUGACGGCCACAUAGCAGCCUUGAGGAAGCUGUACGAAGAUUCUGAUAGAAUAGGGUGUGAAGUGUACAACCUUGGCACUGGAAAGGGAACAUCUGUGCUGGAGAUGGUUGCUGCGUUCGAAAAGGCCAGUGGAAAGAAAAUCCCGCUGGUUUAUGCCGGGAGAAGACCUGGAGAUGCUGAGAUUGUGUAUGCUGCAACUAGCAAAGCUGAGAAGGAGCUGAAAUGGAAGGCAAAGUAUGGCGUGGAGGAGAUGUGCAGAGACCUGUGGAACUGGGCGAGCAACAACCCUUACGGAUAUGGAUCCGGCGACAAGUGAUGAGCAAGAAAAUAACAGACCCAGCCAGCGCUAGUAUGUAAUAUAGUUUUAGUCGUGGUCAUCUAUAUAUCUAGAGGAGCUAAUUAAUUAAAUUAUUAAUAUCCAGCGUACGUGGAGUAGAAGAAAUAAUAAACAUACAUAGUAUGUAGAAAGUGAUAUUGUUUUGUUGAGUCAUGGAAUAACUAGUAUGUGUAUAAUUAUGUUGGUUUGGGUUUGUUUGAUUCAUUUGUGUCU